AUGAAGUUUGUCUCUCCACUCUUCCGCUUCUCCUCCUUCGACACCUGGAUUCAGCAUUUCGAGAGUUUCAUGCAAGUUCUCAACCGGGACUUCGAGACCACUUCCACACACGAAUGCAGCACUUCCAUCCACCUUGCUCCCCUAGACUCGGAACACCCAAAGUGGUCACGCUCCGAUAUGCGCGCCCUUUCCAAGUCCAUCCUGUACUUUGAGUCCUGCCUCGACGCUGUCAUGCCUCUAUACCGGCGCACCUCGGUCUUCGCCAAGAGCAACCGGAACAACAAGCAAAUGGCCUACCUGACCAUUGCUGAGUGCUUCUCAUAUCUGGACUCCCUCAACGAGCGGAAACAUAUUGCGGGCGAAAUGGUCCGCUGCGAUCCCAACUCAUCCACGGGCAGGGCCCUCGGCCAACGGUCUGACUUCCUUCACUCCGGCUACCGGUGGAACUUUCUCAACCUCGUGCACAACAAGUCUCGGGGCACCAUCGAGUUCCGCCAGCCUCCUGGCUCCACCACUUCCGGUGAAGCCAUCACUUGGAUCAUCCUUGCCAUGUGCUUUGCUCAGGUCGCUUGUGCGAAGGGUGACUCGCUCCGGCCCAAGGACCGCCCCAACGUACAGACGCUGGGCGAUUGGGUGCACAGGGAGGCGGUGCGUGCCGGCGUUCCUUCUGAGCACAGGAGGAGGCUAAGGCAGCUGUUCGAUGAUGCGAUGCCUAUCGUCUCAGACUCCAAGAAGGCCGACUUGGGUCUCGUCACAGCGGAGCCGCCGAUUACAGUGCUUGAUAAGCAUGGCUUAAUCUGGAGAGAGAAGGGUGAGAGAAACGUGGCAAUGGAGAAAUAUUGGGGUUUUUUUAUGCCAGAAGUGACUAAGUUCGGAGAUUCUUCGAGGCUUUAG